AUGAAGUUUCUUAUCUUGAUCGCCCCUCUGCUUUCCCUCCCUCUGGCGUUUGCCAAUUCAGGCGGUGACUAUGGUUAUGGCUACGGCUACGGGGGAAAAGUCAGUACCGUAACCACCAUCGUCACGCACACUGUCACAAAGCCCAUUUACAAGGCCCCGAUCACCAAGACCAAGACUGAAACUGUCACCAAUUUCAAGCCCACGGUCACAAAGUACAAGACUGUCACCAAGACCGUCACCAAGAAGCCUUACACCACCUACCAUAAGCCUAGAUACGGUGAUGGCAAACACAAAGACAGCGAAUAUAAAGGCUAA